CGACGCACGUUGCCAACGAUUUCGAAUGGCAUCGCACGCAGCAAUAGUUGCUGUCAAUAUAUCGCACGAGAAAAAUACCGCACAAAAAAUACCAAGCACAGAUUAGCAGCGCAAUGUGAGUAUGUGUGUGACCGCAUUCUCGAAACGAUAAAUUGCCGGGCGGCGUUUUUUUUUAGUGUUGUUGCUGUUGUUAGCCAAUUAAGCCAAUUUGUGGGCCGAUAAGGCGGCUGUAAAACGUCGAAUUCAGCUUAUCAAAUCGACAAAAACUUAUCGCAGCAACACACAAAGCAACCAAAAAGGCCGCCGUCACCAAUUGGAAUAGCAGCAACAGCAACAGCAACAACAACGGCAACAGCAAUAGCUACUGAAAAAGCACGAUGCCGCAAUACGUACCAAUACAGGGCUUUAAACAGCUGGAGGAUGCGCUCAAAGUGCACGCUAAGAACAAUUGCCUCAUUUAUAUGUAUUUCUUUGGGGAGAAGGAUAGCAAGGGUCGCAGCUGGUGUCCCGACUGUGUGGCGGUUGAGGAGCUUGUCGAAACAGCGCUUCGUGAAAAUGCCCAUCCCAAUUCGCUGAUAUACACCGUGGACGUGGGCAGUCGCGACGCCUGGAAGGAUCGCAGCGAUAACAACAAAUUCCGUUUGCCGCCCUACUCGCUCAGCGUGAUACCCUCGCUGUUGCGCUGGAACAGUGCCGAGCGUUUAGAGGGCGAUCAGCUGUUGAAGCCCGCCCUGCUGGAGCUGUUCUUUAAUGAGGCCAAGUCGCAGGGCGCCGCCGAGAAUACGGUACCAUGCAAAUAGUCUAAUAAGCGCAUUUCUGUAAUUAACUGCUUGCUAGAGGUGUGCAUGCGAGCGUGUGUGCGUGAGUGCAUGUGUGUGUGUAUGUGCGAGCGUGCGAGAGAGUCUGCAUCUGUGUGUGAGAGAGAGAGAGAGCGCGCGCAAUAAACACGCUGUUGAGUUUAACUCAACAGCAAAAUCAGAAAA